AGGCCGGUCUGUAAUCGUCAAAGGGGUGGAGUGACACCCGCCCAAGCCCCGCCUCCUGCCCCGCCUCCCAACUGCAACCUGAAUCCAGUAGAGGCAGCAUAGCAGCCAUUCUGGAAGUGGUGUCGGUGGCUCCCCAAGCCCUUGAAGAUGGCUCCAGCCAUAUAGCUUCCUCCGCCCAACCUUGGUACCUGUACCUCCAGCCUUCGCUAUAAUUCUGCCAGCUACUAUGGAGGAAAAGUUAAAUAUUAAAUUUGAACUCAAUUGAACGUGGACACAAUGGUCAAGUCCCGUAACAGGUUGCAUGAGCCCCUUGAGGCAUUCAUUCAUCCAGCACUGUUACAGAUAACUCUGUACCUGUACUUGAGUUACUGAAAAACAGACAAUCACAAAAACAAGUUGACCUUUAUGUGUUCCUUGAGCCCAGUCGCGAAGGGCCCUCGUGACUGGGCCUCAUGCCAAUUAACGCAUUACAAAAAGGGCCAGGGUCGGCCGGGCGCGGUGGCUCACGCCUGUAAUCCCAGCACUUUGGGAGGCCAAGGCAGGCAGAUCACGAGGUCAGGAGAUGGAGACCAUCCUGACCAACGUGGUGAAACCCCGUCUCUACUAAAAUGCAAAAAAUUAGCCACGCGUGGUGGCGCGCACCUGUAGUCCCAACUACUCGGGAGGCUGAGGCAGGGGAAUCACUCGAAUUCGGGAGGCGGAGGUUGCCGUGAGCCAAGAUCAUGCCGUUGCACUCCAGCCUGGCAACAAAGCGAGGCUGUGUCUCAAAAAAAAAAAAAGACCCAGGGUCCCAGGCCACACCCAAGCUUCUUGAGACCUCUCCUCCUCUGUGCACAGACAAGUGGCUGACUCUGGAGCCCAGGCUGUUGCUUCCCGGUCUGGUAAUGAAUCCAACAUAGUCUGGUGUCAGAGCCAGAGGAGAAGAGUGGACAACCCAACUGCCCAACACAGGUCCCUAGAAGUACAGGUCAAGCCUAUGCUGGGGAGAGACAAACAGAUGGACUGGUCUCUGUGCGAAUCCUGAGUGCUAAAGCUUCCAACAAGACUGAUGCUAGCUCAUGUCACCAUGAAGAUGCUACAUCAUGCCAAGUGUUUUCAGCACCUAGCAAUUUUUGGUUCUGUGAGGGCAUUGCAUAAAGAUAAUAGAACAGCAACCCCUCAGAAUUUCUCCAACUAUGAAUCCAUGAAACAGGACUUCAAACUGGGGAUUCCAGAGUAUUUCAACUUUGCUAAAGAUGUCCUGGACCAAUGGACUGAUAAGGAAAAGGCUGGAAAGAAACCUUCAAAUCCAGCCUUUUGGUGGAUCAACAGAAAUGGAGAAGAGGUGCAAUGGAGUUUUGAGGAACUGGGAUCUCUGUCCAGAAAAUUUGCCAAUAUACUUUCAGAAGCCUGUUCCCUACAAAGAGGAGAUCGGGUAAUUCUGAUUCUGCCCAGGGUCCCAGAGUGGUGGCUUGCAAAUGUGGCCUGUCUGCGAACAGGGACAGUUUUAAUUCCAGGAACCACUCAGCUGACCCAGAAAGACAUUCUCUACAGACUACAAUCUUCAAAAGCAAACUGCAUUAUCACCAAUGAUGUUUUAGCCCCAGCAGUAGAUGCUGUUGCACCCAAAUGUGAAAAUCUGCGCUCCAAGCUGAUUGUAUCAGAGAACUCCAGAGAGGGGUGGGGGAACCUCAAGGAGAUGAUGAAAGUCUUGCUCUGUCGCCCAGGCUGGAGUACGGUGGCUCGAUCUUGGCUCACUGCAACCUCCACCUCCCUGGUUCAGGCGAUUCUCAGCUUCCUGAGUAGCUGGGAUUACAGACAUGCCAGUGACAGCCACACCUGUGUGAAGACAAAACACAAUGAGAUCAUGGCCAUAUUCUUUACCAGUGGAACAAGUGGAUAUCCGAAAAUGACUGCACACACCCACAGCAGUUUUGGUUUAGGAUUAUCUGUAAAUGGAAGGUUCUGGCUAGAUUUGACACCCUCAGAUGUGAUGUGGAAUACCUCAGAUACGGGCUGGGCAAAGUCUGCAUGGAGUAGUGUUUUUUCUCCAUGGAUCCAGGGAGCAUGUGUAUUCACACACCAUUUACCCCGUUUUGAGCCGACUUCUAUCUUGCAAACACUCUCCAAGUACCCCAUCACAGUCUUCUGUUCAGCACCAACUGUAUACCGAAUGCUUGUACAGAAUGAUAUGGCCAGAAGCUAUAAGUUUAAAAGCUUAAAGCACUGUGUGAGUGCUGGGGAACCAAUCACCCCUGACGUGACUGAAAAAUGGAGAAACAAGACGGGCCUGGAUAUCUACGAAGGAUAUGGACAGACUGAAACGGUGCUAAUCUGUGGAAAUUUUAAGGGAAUGAAAAUUAAACCUGGCUCAAUGGGAAAACCUUCUCCUGCUUUCGAUGUUAAGAUUGUAGAUGUAAAUGGCAAUGUUCUACCUCCUGGACAAGAAGGAGAUAUUGGCAUUCAAGUUCUACCUAACCGACCAUUUGGCCUUUUUACUCAUUAUGUAGAUAAUCCUUCAAAAACAGCUUCAACUCUACGAGGCAAUUUCUAUAUCACUGGGGACAGAGGAUACAUGGAUGAAGAUGGGUAUUUCUGGUUUGUUGCAAGAGCAGAUGAUGUCAUAUUAUCCUCUGGUUAUCGAAUUGGACCAUUUGAGGUAGAAAAUGCCCUGAAUGAACACCCUUCAGUUGCAGAGUCAGCUGUUGUCAGCAGCCCAGACCCCAUCAGAGGAGAGGUAGUAAAGGCUUUUGUCGUUUUAAAUCCUGAUUACAAGUCACAUGAUCAAGAACAACUAAUAAAGGAGAUUCAGGAGCAUGUUAAAAAAACUACAGCACCUUACAAAUAUCCCAGAAAGGUAGGCAUUGUAAUUAUAAUGAAUAUUUGCUCAGUGUUAUGGACAAUUUCAACUGUUUAUUUUUACAUUUUAAUGAAUAUUUUCUUCACACAUGCUAUACCACAUGUCCCAAACUGAACUGAUGACAUAUGGUUAAGAAUCAGAAUCUUUAAAAUUAAAAUGAAACCCUGAACCUAUUUUGUUUGGUCCUUUGGCUUACUGGACUCACAGUAAAUACUUAAUAUCAAGACAAGUUUCCUAACAAUACCCUUUUCCCUAUUUUGGUUGUUACCCAAAACCCAUUCCAAAGACUAUUCUAAUUCUUCCACCUAGAAUUCAUAAUCAAACUGCUGUAUAAUUGGCUUUAUGUAAAGAUAAAAAUUUCCAGGCUAAUUUUCUUCCCCUUGAUGCCAACAGGUAGAAUUUAUUCAAGAGCUGCCAAAGACUAUCAGUGGGAAGACAAAAAGAAAUGAACUGAGGAAGAAAGAAUGGAAGACAAUUUAAAGUUGUUUCAUUAAUUACCAUAUCUAUAAAACAAACAUAGUAUCUGUCAAUCUGUAGAAACCACAAGAUGAUGGAGAGGUGAUAAAAACUGUGGUAGUAUGCUUAGAAACUGUUGAUUUAAAAUAUCUUGUGGUUAUGAUAUCAGAGGCUAAAUUUUGAAAUAAAAUAUUUGGCAAAUUCCUCCUCA